UUCUAUCUUUGGAAUCCAUAUUCUUUUCUCUUUUUCUUCUUUUGGGUUUUUGUGAUUCCAUUGUUCAAGAAGGCCAGGUGAAGAACACGAAAAAAAGAACAUCUAAGGCCCUCCACAGGAUUCCCAAUCCUUGAGGCUUAUGCAAGUAUAUAAACCACCCCAACCCACACAACUAAAUCAUACACUCACUUAACAAUUUCUUCUCUGUUCCUUCUUCUACCAUCAUUACAACUCACUCUUCCUCUGGUUCUAUUCCUCCAGUCCCUUAAGAAAAUGAGCAGACCAGGAGAUUGGAACUGCAGGUCAUGCCAGCACCUGAACUUCAGCCGCCGCGAUUCUUGCCAACGAUGUGGGGAGCCAAGGUCCGGUGAUUAUGGAGGUUUUGGUGCCAGGGUUGGAUCCUCAUUCGGAUUUAGCGGCUCCGACGUCCGGCCUGGUGACUGGUACUGCUCUGCUGUGAACUGUGGUGCCCACAACUUUGCUAGCCGUUCAAGCUGUUUCAAGUGUGGUGCAUGCAAGGACGAGUCUGCUGGUGGUGGUUAUGAAGGUGACAUGCCGCGUUCAAGAAGUUAUGGUUUUGGUAGUGGUGCUGGUGCUGGUCGCUCAGGAUGGAAAUCCGGUGACUGGAUUUGCACCAGGUCGGGGUGCAACGAGCAUAACUUUGCGAGCAGGAUGGAGUGCUUCAGAUGCAGUGCACCCAGGGACUCUGGUGACAAAUCUUCAUAUUCAUAAUUUCCAUUUUUGGGUACUGCAAUCUGAAAGAACCAAAGAGAGAUGGCCUAAUAUAAUAGCUCAAGUUGCUUGUUUUUGUCCGCCGCCAGCGUAGUCUUUUUUUUUUUUUUUGGAUAGGGUUGUCCAAAUGAAUCUUGGUUGAAGACCCAUGUCUGCUGGACAAUUUCCAUCUGCAUUUUCUUAGGUUUCUCAUAAAAAUUAUAGCCAUGUAGUUCUGGUGUUCUUCAAUCAAAAUCUUCAGUGUCUUUGUAUGUUUUGGAAGAAGAGUUUCUAGCUUCAUUGUAUGAUGCAUGUUAUUCUUACAAGAAGCUUAUGAAAGCCUUUCUCUUUUAUCAAUAGAGAUAUGAUAUAUUUGGUAUAAA